AUGGGGACUGAUGGUGAAAACCCGAUCCUGAGGAGUGUGGUCAUCAGCUUCAACUUGCUUCUGCUGGGCGCUGUCCUCAAGCCCUUUGAGUGCCGCCUGGAGGUGACGACAGAGCCAGCCCAGAGGACAGCGGUGGAUGAGGCAGCUGGCCUCACCAACUGCAGCCCACCCACCAAAGAGCAGCCCAUGGUCUUCCACCACAUCUACAACAUCAACAUCCCCCUGGACAGCUGCUGCUCUUCCAUGUUCAAGUCUUCGGGCGAGGAGGUGAGUUCAGAAGACGACCGGCUGGCAGAGUACACGGAGCAGACCUCCGACAGCGAGAGCCAGGUCACCUUCACCCACAGGAUAAACAUGCCCAAGCAGGCCUGCAAGUGCUCCACCUCCCUCCCAUCCCUGCAGGAGCUGCUGAGCAGGAUUGAGAUGCUGGAGAGGGAGGUCUCCAUCCUCCGGGACCAAUGCACCUCCAAUUGCUGCCAAGAAAAUGCAGCCACAGGGCAGCUGGAUUACAUCCCUCAGUGCAGCGGCCACGGGAAUUUCAGCCUGGAGUCGUGCAGCUGCGUGUGCACGGAGGGCUGGGCGGGCAGCAACUGCUCGGAGCCGCUGUGCCCCGGGGGCUGCUCCAGCCGCGGCGUGUGCCUGGAGGGACAGUGCAUCUGCGACAGCGACUACGGGGGCGAGGACUGCUCCCAGCCGCGCUGCCCCGCCGGCUGCGGCUCCCGCGGGCUCUGCGUGGACGGCGAGUGCGUGUGCGAGGAGGGAUUCACCGGGGACGACUGCUCGGAGCUGCGCUGCCCCCGCGACUGCUCGGGCCGCGGCCGCUGCGUGAACGGCACCUGCGAGUGCCAGGAGGGCUUCGGCGGCCCGGACUGCGGCCGGCAGCGCUGCCCCGCCGGCUGCGGCGGCCGCGGGCUCUGCCGCGACGGGCUCUGCGUCUGCGAGAGGGGCUACGGCGGGCACGACUGCUCCGCAGUGUCUCCCCCUGAGAACCUGCGGGUGACGGGGAUCGGCGACAGCUCCAUCGAGCUGGCCUGGGACAGCCCCGGGGCAGCCUCUGAGUACGUGGUGUCCUACCAGCCUGCCGUGCCAGGGGGCACCCAGCUCCAGCAGAGGGUGCCUGGGGACUGGAGCAGCAUCACCAUCACGGAUCUGGAGCCAGGUGUUGCCUACAAUGUCAGCAUCUAUGCAGUCAUCAGUGAUGCCUUCAGCACCCCUGUUACCUCCAGGGUGAUGACCAACCUGGCCACACCACAGGGGCUGAAGUUCAAGACCAUCACAGAGACAACAGCAGAGGUGCAGUGGGAGCCCUUCUCCUUCCCCUUGGACGGCUGGGAGAUCAGCUUCAUCCCCAAGAAUAACGAGGGUGGUGUGAUUGCCCAGCUCCCCAGCACCGUCACCACCUUCAACCAGACGGGGCUGAAGCCGGGGGAGGAGUACACUGUCACCGUGGUGGCCCUGAAGGAACAAGCCAGAAGCCCUCCCACCUCUGACAGCGUCUCAACCCUCAUCGACGGCCCGACGCAGAUCCUGGUGCGGGACGUCUCGGACACGGUGGCCUUCGUGGAGUGGAGCCCUCCUCGCGCCAAGGUGGACGCCAUCCUGCUGAAGUACGGGCUGGCAGACGGGGAGGGCGGCAGGACCACCUUCCGCCUGCAGCCCCCCCUCAGCCAGUACUCCCUGCAGGCCCUGCGCCCCGGCGCCCGCUAUCACCUCGCCGUCAGCGCCCUGCGCGGCGCCAACGAGAGCCGCCCCGCCUUUGCACAGUUCACCACAGAGAUCGACGCCCCCAAGAACCUGCGGGUGGGCUCGCGGAGCCCCGCCAGCCUCGAGCUCGCCUGGGACAACAGCGAGGCCGAGGCGCAGAGCUACAGGGUGGUCUACAGCACCCUGGCUGGGGAGCACUACCACGAGCUCCUGGUGCCGCGCCACGCCGGCCCCACCACCCGCGCCACCCUCGCAGAUCUGGUGCCGGGAACAGAGUAUGGCAUUGGGAUUUCAGCUGUGAUGGACAGCCAGCAGAGUGUGCCAGCGACCAUGAAUGCCAGGACUGAGCUUGACAGCCCGCGGGACCUGCUGGUGACAGCCUCCACUGAGACGUCCAUCUCACUGGCCUGGACCAAAGCCACGGGUCCCAUCGACCACUACCGCGUCACCUUCACCCCUGCCUCGGGAAUGGCCUCGGAAGUGACAGUGUCCAGGGACGAGUCACAGCUCACCCUCUCGGAGCUGGAGCCCGGCACAGAGUACACCAUCUCCAUCAUUGCUGAGAGGGGACGGCAGCAGAGCCUGGAGGCCACCGUGGAUGCCUUCACAGGCGUUCGGCCCAUCUCACAGCUGCACUUCUCCCAGCUGACAUCCUCCAGUGUCAAUGUCACAUGGAGUGACCCAUCCCCACCAGCAGACCGCCUCAUCCUCACCUACAGCCGCCGGGACGAGGAGGAGGAGGCCCAGCAGGUCACACUGGAUGGCACCCGCAGGCACACCAGCCUGACGGGCUUGCAGCCAUCCACAGAGUACCUGGUGUCCCUGGUGGCCGUGCAUGGCACCAUCAGCUCUGACCCUGUCGUGGGCUCCAUCACCACAGGAAUUGAUGCACCAAGGGACCUCAGGGUGGGCAAUGUCACCCAGGAGUCCAUGAUGGUCUACUGGAGUGCUCCCAUUGCUGCCUUUGACCACUACAGGAUAUCCUACCGUGCUGCUGAAGGAAGGACAGAGAGCAUGGCCAUCUCCAGGGUUGCCACUGAGUACACCCUCCAGGACCUGCAGCCUGCCACCAAGUAUGAGAUCGAGCUGAAGAGCGUGCGGGGCCGGGAGGAGAGUGAGCUGGCCUCCAUCACUGCAUACACAGCCAUGGAUGUCCCCCUGGGGGUCACAGCCACCAACAUCACUCCCACUGAGGCGCUGCUGCAGUGGAACCCGCCGCUGUCGGAGGUGGAAAGCUACGUCCUCAUCCUCACCCGCCGUGCAGUUGCAGGAGAAACAAUUCUCGUGGAUGGAGACAACCAGGAGUACCAGCUGACCAACCUGCUGCCCAGUACCACCUACACAGUGUCUAUGUAUGCCACCAGCGGGCCUCUCACCAGCCAGACCAUCAGCACCAACUUCACCACUCUUCUGGAUCCUCCAACCAAUCUGACAGCCAGCGAAGUCACACGACGGAGCGCCCUGCUCUCCUGGGUUCCUCCCUUAGGAGAGAUUGAGAAUUACAUCAUGACCUACAGAUCCAGCGAUGGCAGCAGGAAGGAGCUGAUUGUGGAUGCGGAGGACACGUGGAUCCGUCUGGAGGGGCUUUCUGAGACCACGGAGUACACGGUGCACCUGCAGGCUGCCCAGAACGCCGUGCGCAGCGGCCUCGUCUCAACCACCUUCACCACAGGAGGACGUGUGUUUGCUAACCCUCAGGACUGUGCCCAGCACCUGAUGAACGGAGACACGCUGAGCGGGGUCUACACCAUCUCCAUCAAUGGGGACCUCAGCCAGCGGGUGCCCGUGUACUGUGACAUGACCACUGAUGGAGGGGGCUGGAUUGUCUUCCAGCGGCGGCAGAACGGGCUGACCGAUUUCUUCCGGAAAUGGGCAGAUUACCGCGUUGGCUUUGGAAACUUGGAGGAUGAGUUUUGGCUGGGCUUGGACAACAUCCACAAGAUCACGUCCCAAGGGCGCUACGAGCUGCGGAUAGACAUGAGGGAUGGCCAGGAGGCAGCAUAUGCCUACUAUGACAAAUUCUCCAUUGGUGACUCCAGGAGCCUCUACAAACUGCGCAUUGGGGACUACAAUGGCACUUCAGGAGACUCCCUCACCUAUCACCAGGGGCGCCCCUUCUCCACCAAGGACAGGGACAACGAUGUUGCUGUGACCAACUGUGCCAUGUCCUACAAAGGGGCCUGGUGGUACAAGAACUGCCACCGCACCAACCUCAACGGCAAGUACGGAGAGUCCCGGCACAGUCAGGGGAUUAACUGGUACCAUUGGAAAGGCCACGAGUUCUCCAUCCCCUUUGUGGAAAUGAAGAUGCGACCUUACAACCACCGUAACAUCUCUGGGAGGAAGAGACGGUCCCUACAGCUCUGAGCCAGCUGAACCCCUCCUGCCUCCCACCACCUGACCUUUUCUGUCAUUUGUUUGUAUUUUAUAAUAUGAAAAGGGAAAAAAAAAUUUACUACUCGUCUGAGAUAGCAAGCUGCCCCUCACAAGUGCUGGAGGGAACCAUGGCACAAGGAAAGGCCAUGGGAAAGGAAAGACCUCAUUGCUUUGCAUCUGUCCCAGAGAAAUACCAAAUUUCCAGUCUCCCUAUCCCAAUACUCUGGCCCUUAACAUGAGAAGAAAGAGAAAGAGACAGAUUUUUUGAUAUUUUUUUAAAAGACAUAGAAAUCCCCAGCAAACCCUGUUAGAAAUGUUUGUCACAAGGCUUGUGGCAGAAACAUUCCCCACAGAUACCUUGGUGUGGCCGUUUCCAGCCCAGCAAUGGCCAGGGAUGCCCGUCCUCUCCCUGCCUCCCUGUCCCCUCCUGGCAGAGAGGCCCCAACCUUCAUGCCAUCCUGUAGACACCAACUCUUCCAGCAGGCAGAGGCCCAUCUCUCCCCUAUGUGCAGGCUCUGGACACCUGGGGAUCAAGUGAGGAUGAGCAAAUGCUCCUCCCAUCCCCAGUUUUCACAGGAGAGCUC